AUGUCUGUAGCACUACCACACCACUCCAAGUCGUCGGACCGCAAGGUCGUCUACUUGCUGCCGUUGACCGACUAUGGCUGCCCAGACGUCGCUGGCACCUACAUCUACCUGCCUCCUCCAACCGAGCCAGCAUACUCGAUUUGCUUCCAGAUCCAGGGUACCAGCUCGAUAUGUCGCGAGGGCAGUCUCUGGGUGAACAUCCCCGCCCAGGGCGAGAAAUUCAAGCGCAGCAACUACCGCGAGUACAAGUUGAAGCCCGACUUCACGGGUAUGUGUGAGAUUGAGAUUCCCAUUCACGAGGCCAAUGCCUUCUCCUUCUACACGACCUACAGGCCACUGCCGCAGUGGUCCUUCACAGACGUUGCAUCUCCUGAACCCACACGAACGGACACAUACUACAUCGACAUAUGUCCAAAUCUCAAGUUGCAUGGCGAGCACUUGCCGGUCGAGGCUGUCUGCAUCUUCUCUGCACUGUCCAAAUUCAUGGGCAGUUACCCCAUCGACUGGGACAAUCAUUUGAGGGGAAUCAGCGAGCGUGGCUACAAUAUGGUUCAUUUUACUCCGCUUAUGAUGCGCGGGUCUUCCAAUUCGCCAUACAGCAUUGCUGACCAACUGGUCUUCGACGAGGCCUUCUUCAAGGAGGGUGAGAAGGACAUUGCGAACAUGAUCCGAAGGAUGCAGAAUGAGUUCAAUCUGCUUGCUAUGACUGAUGUUGUCUGGAAUCACACGGCCAACAACAGCCCAUGGCUUGAGGAGCACCCGGAAUCUGGUUACAACGUCGACACCGCUCCUCACUUGAAACCCGCUCUCGAGCUGGAUACGGCGCUGUUGCAAUUCGGCAAAGAGCUCACCCAACACGGUCUGCCCACGACCUUCAACAACGAAGGAGAUCUCCUCAAGGUUAUGGAAGGCGUUAAAGAACAUGUCCUUAGCAAGGUCAAGCUCUGGGAAUACUAUGUCGUUGACGUUGCGAGGGACACCAAGGCCAUCAUGGAGGCCUGGACCUCCGGCCAGGCCAAGUUCGUUGAUGGCAGCUUUAGUGAGGCUGGUCUUCGCGGGCUCGAUGCCGUCAGGGACUGGCCACUGAAGCAGAAAGCCGACUGGUUGGUCGAGCAUGCCCUGCGCGGCGGCGACCGCAUGGGCGAGCGCUACCGUCGCAGGAUGGACCCGAACAUCAGUGCCGGUCUCCUCUGUGCUUUGUUCGGCCGCUAUGAUACUCGUACUAGCAACACGCCUGACAACCGCGCAGCUCAAGGCACUAUGACGGCUAUACUCAACGAAGUAAACCUUCCAUUUUACCGCGAGUACGAUGGAGACCAAGCAGAGAUCAUGGAGCAACUCUUCAAUCGGAUCAAAUAUGUCCGGAUAGACGCCCAUGGUCCCAAGCUUGGCGAAGUGAACGACAAGAACCCACUCAUCGAGACCUACUUCACACGAUUACCACUCAACGAGACCACGAAGAAGCACAACCCGGAAGCUCUCGCUCUUGUCAACAACGGUUGGGUAUGGGCUGCAGAUGCGAUGCGAGACAACGCUGGACCCAAGUCGAGAGCAUACCUAAGGAGAGAAGUCAUUGUCUGGGGUGAUUGCGUCAAACUCCGCUACGGAGACGGUCCUGAAGAUAACCCUUUUCUUUGGGAGCACAUGGCCAAGUACACGCGACUUAUGGCCAAGUACUUCCAAGGCUUCCGUAUUGACAACUGUCAUUCUACACCUCUGCAUCUCGCUGAAUAUAUGCUCGACGAAGCCCGCAGCGUCAACCCGAACGUCAUGGUCUGUGCUGAACUCUUCACUGGCUCUGAAGAGAUGGAUUACAAGUUCUGCAUGAGGCUCGGCAUCUGUGCGCUAAUUCGAGAGGCGAUGCAAUCGUGGAGUACUCAAGAGCUGAGUAGACUGGUCCAUCGACAUGGUGGUGUUCCUAUUGGCAGCUUCGAGACUGAUGAAGUACUCAACGCUGCACAGGCGACUGAUGGAGCAGAUCAGACAAAGCCAAUCAUCAAGAGAAUCAAGCGGAGUCCUGUACACGCGUUAUUCAUGGAUUGCACGCAUGACAAUGAGACGCCUGCUCAGAAGCGGGAUGCACGCGACACGCUGCCUAAUGCUGCGCUCGUUGCCAUGUGCGACUGUGCAACUGGUAGUGUUUUUGGCUACGACGAGGUUUACCCCGAGCUGAUCGAGCUUGUGCACGAGAAGAGGUUGUAUUCUUCGGCCAACUCCAAUGGAGGCCCAAUCAAGCCCCAGGCUGGCGAAGGUGGUAUUGGUGGCAUCCGCAAGAUCAUCAACGAGGUCCACGUCAAGAUGGGCAAGGAGGAGUACAACGAGACUUACAUCCACCACGAUAAUGAGUACAUCACUGUUCAUCGAGUAAAUCCGAACACCAGGAAAGGAUACUUCCUUAUUGCUCACACCGCAUUCCCUGGCUGUGGCGACGGCAACGGAGACUUUGGAGAGACCAAGCUACCGGGUACACAAGCAAAGCUCAUUGGCGCCUGGAAUCUUGAAGUCGAUAACAGUCCUGAGACAAGAGCACGCAUCAUUGGCGACAAAACAACACUACGUGGCUUGCCCAGUAAGACAAACGACCUCCAAGGCGUCGAAAUCAAGUCGGUUGGCGAUGAUACCACGAUUGGCAUUCCUGACAACUUCCCCCCUGGAAGUAUCGCUCUCUUUGAGACCUGGGUACCCAGUGCAGAGCACGACGAUGGUCUCGACAAGUUCAUCACUAGCGGAGCGCGUGCAGCUUUCAGUGGUGUCAAUCUGAUCGAUCUGAACUACAUUUUGUACAGGUGUGAAGAAGAAGAGCGAGAUGCCACGGAUCACAAGGAUGGAACCUACAAUAUUCCAGGUCACGGCAAUCUAGUAUACGCUGGUCUGCAAGGCUGGUGGAGUGUACUACGUGAUAUUGUAAACGACAACAAUCUCGGCCACCCGCUCUGCAACCAUCUUCGUGAUGGUCAAUGGGCGCUCGACUAUUGCCUUGGUCGCCUCCAGAAGAUUUCUCAAAAGAAGGAGUACGUCAACAUCAAGAGUCCCGCCAAGUGGCUGGAGGCAAAGUUCGCUGCUAUUCGCAAGGUUCCUAGCUACAUGCUUCCACGAUACUUUGCUAUGGUCAUCCAGACUGCAUACAACGCUGCAGUGGAGCGAGCAAUUGAGCUCAUGGGCGAGAACGUCCGAGAGGGCAACCAGUUUCUGAAGAGCCUCGCCCUAGUCAGCUGCCAGGUCACUGGCUACAUAAACAAUGCCUCGUUGUGGCCAGAGAAGAGCGUGCCCAGUAUGGCCGCUGGUCUUCCUCAUUUCGCCUACGACUGGGCGCGAUGCUGGGGACGUGAUAUUACUAUCUCAGCUCGUGGUCUUUACAUGGGAACUGGCCGGUUUGCUGAUGCCAAGGAGCACAUCUUUGCCUUCGCCAGCGUUCUCAAGCAUGGAAUGGUACCUAACCUCCUAGGCAGUGGCAAGAACCCGCGUUACAACUCCCGCGACUCAGUCUGGUUCUUCCUUCAGAACUGCCAGGACUACACCAAGAUCGUGCCGAAUGGCAUAGAGCUUCUUCAUGAGAAAGUUAAACGGCGAUUCCUACCAUACGACGACACAUGGUUUGCUCAUACCGACAAGCGCGCAUACUCCCAGUCCUCCACCAUUGAGGAUGUCAUCCAGGAAGCUCUGCAGCGACACGCUUCCGGCAUAGAGUUCCGCGAGUACGACGCGGGCCCGAACAUUGAUAGUCAGAUGAAGUCUGAAGGCUUCAACAUCAAGAUCUGGACUGAUUGGGAGACUGGUAUGAUCUUUGGUGGCAAUCAAUGGAACUGCGGUACAUGGAUGGACAAGAUGGGUGAGAGCGAGAAGGCCGGCAGCAAGGGUCACCCAGGUACGCCACGAGAUGGUGCUCCGGUCGAGAUCAUCGGCAUGUUGUACAGCACAGUACGCUGGUGUGCCAACAUGUACGAUGCAGGCCAAUUCAAGUACCAGGGUGUAAAUCUGGAGGAUGGCAAGAAGACUGUUACCUACAAGGAGUGGGCCGACCUUAUCAAAGCCAAUUUCGAGCGUUGCUUCUACGUUCCGCGUUCCGCAGACGAGGACAGCAAGUACGACGUCAACCCGAGCAUCAUCAACCGUCGCGGUAUCUACAAGGACUUGUACCGUUCGGGCAAGGAGUACGAAGACUACCAGUUGAGGCCAAACUUCCCUAUCAUGAUGACGGUUGCGCCAGAUCUUUGCGACCCCGAGCACGCUUUGCAUGCCCUCCAGAUGGCCGACAGGGUCCUGCUUGGUCCACAGGGCAUGAAGACUCUCGAUCCCUCUGAUCUCAACUACCGUGGCUACUACAUCAACAGCGAAGAUUCGACUGAUUUCCACACUUCCAAGGGCCGCAACUACCACCAAGGACCUGAGUGGCUUUGGCCCACAGGGUUCUUCCUACGAGCCAUGCUCAAGUUCGAUCUACAACGCCGCAAGACGCCCGAUGAACGCGUCGAGAGCUACCAGCAAGUCACUCGCCGUCUCGCCGGGUGCAUGAAGGCCAUUCAGGAGUCACCCUGGGCUGGUCUCACAGAGCUCACCAACAAGGAUGGUGCAUUCUGUGGCGACUCAUGUCCCACGCAGAGUUGGAGUGCUAGCUGCAUCAUCGACUUGUUCCAGGACGCGCGCGAGUACGAGAUGGGUGAGACUGCUCAGAAAUCUUCGUCGUAG